AUGAACCAACACAUGCACCAUGAACCAACACAUGCACCAAGAGCCAACACAUGCACCAUGAACCAACACAUGCAUCAUGAACCAACACAUGCACCAAGAACCAACACAUGCACCAAGAACCAACACAUGCAUCAUGAACCAACACAUGCAUCAAGAACCAACACAUGCACCAAGAACCAACACAUGCAUCAUGAACCAACACAUGCACCAAGAACCAACACAUGCACCAAGAACCAACACAUGCACCAAGAACCAACACAUGCACCAAGAACCAACACAUGCACCAAGAACCAACACAUGCACCAAGAACCAACACAUGCACCAAGAACCAACACAUGCACCAUGAACCAACACAUGCACCAUGAACCAACACAUGCACCAAGAACCAACACAUGCACCAAGAACCAACACAUGCACCAUGAACCAACACAUGCACCAAGAACCAACACAUGCACCAUGAACCAACACAUGCACCAAGAACCAACACAUGCACCAUGA